CUGGAGACUGUGCGACCUCUCAAAUUUGCUUUCUAGAGACAUCAAUCCAGUGAGGAGAUCCCAGCAUAUUGGGACCAGGGGCCCGUGAAGCAGCUCGUUGGGAAGAACUUCAACCUUGUCGUUUUUGACAAGGAAAGGGACGUGUUCGUGAUGUUCUACGCCCCCUGGUGCAGCCGAUGCAAGAAGCUGUUCCCCGUGUUGGAGGAGCUGGGCGUCAAGUACCAGAACCACUCCACCGUCACCGUCGCCAAGAUCGACAUCACGGCCAACGACAUUCAGCUGAUGUACCUGGACCGGUACCCCUUUUUCAGGCUCUUCCCCGCCGGCUCUCAACAGGCCGUGCUGUACAAGGGAGAGCACACCGUGAGGGGCUUGUCUGACUUCCUCGAGAGGCAGAUCCAGUCCAGGGCGGAGGACGAAGACAAGCUAAUGUCUGGUGAGCAAAGUGAAGUGACCGGUGGCGAGGAGGUAUUAGCUAAGGAAGAGGAGGCAGUACCCAUAAUGAAGAAAAAGUUAGCUGCACAGAAGUUGCCCGCGCUGGAGAAUGUGACCCAGCUGGGAGAGCCACCUGCGCAGACGGCAGCAGCUGAGGAGGAGAAGGCGACUAAGGACGAACUAUAGCUUCUCCAGCCGGGGGAGAGGGUGCCAUUUUCCGGGUGCGGCAUCAUCUUCUGAGUGGAUCUACCCCAGUAAAAUUAUAUACCACUGUGCCGGCUGGGUGGCGGCCGGAUAAUAAAAGCCCCUGAAUGUC